AACGAUAUACAGCGUUCAUAAUCAGAAGAAUGGUAAACGUACCCCAAAAUAAACAUCUACUAUGGUUUCAUAUACUACCUUCAUUGUGACGUCGCAACCAUUGUGACGUCAUGGACUGGUUGUCAGGCGAAGCGGGCGGGGCUGAUCAGUAGAAUGUCGGCAAUUUACGGACAGGAUCCUCUCUCGCCGUUUGCGAGAACUCCUGGGACUGCCGACAGCCAUUUAUGGUCGCCCCGACUGAAGCCACGCUGGGGGGAAUAUGACGUCAUCACUGAUGAUGGUCGUGAUUGUCGGGUAUCGGACGGGCUGUCAAGAUUCCGCAGUAAUUUUGAUUGCUGUCAUCAAGCAGAAGUUACCGGGAGUCAUGACCCUAUCGAUACCUUCGGCUGCAACAGAUUGCCAAAGCCUUUGGAAGCAGAUUACAGCGGUAUGGUAACGCCACAGAAAACUGACCGUCACGUGGUAUGUGAGCCCCACGUGGACGUAUUCCCCUUACAUGACCCGGAAAGGAAAGACCAAUACGGGGAAUAUGUAUUACCGUCUUCAACACGGGCGGCCAUUGAUAGCACGCACAGUAAACUGUACUGCUCAUCAAGUUACAGAAGCACGUAUCCAGGUGGUGUGACGUCAGAUUGCGACCAAAAUCAAACUUUGUAUAAUGAUUACGAAGUUCCAGAUGAUUACCAGUCUGUGGUAUAUCCUGUAAACUAUGGCCAGGAUUCAUUUGAAAGACAAGGUGCGUGUAGUCACAUGAUGGACAAUUUCGGCAUCAACCCCCCAGAAUUCAUGCGUGAUAAUACAAAUUAUAUAGAAUCUAGUUAUGAGCCUUCGUUUUACUCUCCAAUGGCUACCCAACGCAGAAUGGAUUACUGUACAUAUAACGCGAACCAGAACUUCCACGAUCGCCUUGUUCAGGACGUGUACCGUUACCGAUUACCGUCAAGUCUGCAUUAUUGUGGAGCAUUCGAAAGUGACCAAAUCGUACCGGAUGUGACAUGUUUCGAGGAGGAGAAACAGGAAAAUGAAGAAAUUGAUUACGGGUCUUCCAAGUUUCUGCGUCCUGCCAUUCCACCGACCCUAAUACGAGAUAUGGUAGAUCUGAAAAUGGAGAUGGAACUUGCCAAAAAGUCCCAGAGUUUGCCAGAAAUCAGAUUACCUAACCGAAGACCCCUUCCAAGCGUAGACAAUUGGACUGAGUGGCCACACCAACCAAAACUUAACCUCACCCAGAAGUCGGAAACACAGAAAAGAUUUAAUAUCACUCAUCCGAAGACCACACCAGAUCUCAGAGACUUCAAUGUAUACUCUAAAAGAGUUUACUUCAAUGGCUUCAACUCAUCUGCUUUCCGUGGUUAAACAGCGCGCCGAUGGCGGGCAAAAUUCAAUUUUUGGUGGAUAAAUCCUGACCCUUGGUAGGAAACCCACAACCUCUUGUAGGCAGCGGUCUCUGAAAGAUACACCACGACCCUUGCGGGGUAUGGUUACAUCAAAUUAUGUGUCAUUUUGUCAUUUUAAUAAAAACAACAUGAAGUGUA